UACUUCAACUUUGCCUCAAACUCCCAAGCACCCUUUGGGAGGGAGGGCAGCCUGGACAGGGGGCUGUGUGGGGGGACAGUAGGUGGAUGGUGUCUUGUUAAUGCCUCUCCCCAGAUGCUCCCCCAAUCCCAAGCCCUCAUUACCUACAUGAAUAUUCAUAAGGGAUAACUUCAGCCCUGCUCUGUAAAUGGGUCAGAAGCAGGAAGUGGAGGCCAGUGCAGAGAGCGAAGGCAAGGGGACAGGAGGCUCAAAGCCAGAGUGCAUCUGAGUCCCCAUGGACGGGAGGAUGAUGAGAAGGAUGAGGCUGGAAGAGGAGGAGGCACCCGGACAAGGCAACACAGCGUCCUGCCUCUGUGGCUCUGCCCCCUGCAUCCUGUGCAGCUGCUGCCCCUGUAGCCACAACUCCACGCUGAGCCGCCUCUUCUUCACCGUCUUCCUCUUCCUCGGGGUGCUGGUGUGCGUCAUCAUGCUGAGUCCUGGCGUGGAGAGCCAGCUCUACAAGCUGCCCUGGGUGUGUAAUGAGGGGACCGGAUCCCACGUCGUCCUGCAGGGCCACAUCGACUGUGGCUCCCUGCUCGGCCACCGCGCCGUCUACCGCAUGUGCUUCGCGAUGGCGGCCUUCUUCUUCCUUUUCUCUUUGCUCAUGAUCUGCGUACGCAGCAGUCGAGACCCCAGGGCUGCCAUCCAGAACGGGUUUUGGUUCUUUAAGUUCCUGAUUUUCGUGGGCAUCACUGUGGGCGCCUUCUACAUCCCCGAUGGCUCCUUCUCCAACAUCUGGUUCUACUUUGGUGUCGUGGGCUCCUUCAUCUUCCUCCUCAUCCAGCUACUGCUGCUUAUCGACUUUGCGCACUCCUGGAACCAGCGGUGGCUGUGCAAGGCCGAGGAGUGUGACUCCCGCGCCUGGUAUGCAGGCCUCUUCUUCUUCACCCUCCUCUUUUACGCGCUGUCGAUCGCGGCCGUGGCGCUGCUGUUCGUCUACUACACCCAGCCUGGUGCCUGCUAUGAGGGCAAGGCUUUCAUUGGCCUCAACCUCACUCUUUGUGUCUGCGUCUCCAUUGUUGCUGUUCUGCCCAAGAUCCAGGAUGCCCAGCCCAACUCGGGUCUGCUGCAGGCCUCGGUCAUCACGCUCUACACCAUGUUUGUCACCUGGCUGGCCUUGUCCAACGUCCCCGAUCAGAAAUGCAACCCUCACCUGCUGACCCACUUUGGCAACGGGACGGUCCAGGCAGGCCCCGAGGGCUACGAGACCCACUGGUGGGACGCGCCGAGCAUCGUGGGUCUCGUCGUCUUCAUCCUGUGCACUGUCUUCAUCAGUCUGCGCUCCUCAGACCACCGGCAGGUGAACAACCUGAUGCAGACGGAGGAGUGCCCGCCCGUGCUGGACGCCACGCAGCAGCAGCAGGUGGUGCUCUCUGAGGGCCGGGCCUUCGACAACGAGCAGGAUGGCGUCACCUACAGCUACUCCUUCUUCCACUUGUGCCUGGUACUCGCUUCUGUCCACAUCAUGAUGACGCUCACCAACUGGUACAGACCUGGUGAGACCCGGAAGAUGAUCAGCACAUGGACUGCCGUGUGGGUGAAGAUCUGUGCCAGCUGGACGGGGCUACUCCUCUAUCUGUGGACCCUGGUAGCCCCGCUCCUCCUGCCCAACCGCGACUUCAGCUGAGGCAGCCCCCUGCAGCCGGUCCAACCUGGUGCCUCGGGGCUGGUGACAGCAGGCUGAGCCCCCGCCCCCCUCCAGGGCUUGCCCCUGAGCUGGGCCCCUCUGUUCUUAGUGCCUUCAGGGAGGAUGAGCAUCAGAUCCCUCCCUGCCACUGCCCCCAGCUCCCCCUCCAGAGCCGCCUCCUCCUUGCCCCUACUUGCCCACACUCACCUUCUUGCAAAAAACGGGCCCCUUGUUCUAAGGCUCCCCAGGAGAGGGUCUUGAAGGAGAGAAGCUCUGAGAGCUGCCCAGAGCGGAAGUGCUCACUGCAAUGGGGUGCCCGGCACUGAGGCCCCGGUCUUCCUGACCACACACCCCGGGACAGCCCAUCCCCUUCCUGGACUCCGUGCCUUACUGAGUCUCGCAGGCUCCGCCAAUAAAGAAGCCAGUGCGUGUGCCUCCCA